ACCUGGCGGACUGUGACGGGCAGCUGAACCGCACCGCGAGUACGCCGUGGUCGUCGACUAGCCGCGUCUCGCGGUUCGCGGCUUGGUUCGCGUCGCAUCCCGGCGUCGGCCAAGACUCGCCGCGCGCCUGGUCCGCCUGGUGCAUCCCAUCCUGUCAGUCUCAGUCUCGGCGGUCAGACCGAUGCGUCCCGCGGCGUAGCUCUGCGCUCCGCGCUCCGCCUAGCGCCGGGUGAUGGGCCGUCGACCGGAGCAGGAAGUCUCGCGCUCGCGGCCGCCCCGGGGUGUCGUCGGCGUCGUCUCGGUGUCUCGGAGAGGGGGUGGGGCGCAGCGGCAGCGGGCACAGGCGCCGCACAAGGAGCCAGGGGCCGAAAGCCGGCGCACUGCACGGAACAGCGGUGGUGCCGCCGUCGCGCCGGCCUCUGCGCGCUAUGCUUCAGGAUGACCCCCCUGAGAACGCCCCUGAUCCUGGCGGCACUCUUGGUGGCACCCACGCUGUCACAACACCACGGACUGUUCUCGGGCGCCGUGCCCGGCGGCCGGCUGGUGUUCCCCAGGAAGGUGGUGGCGGGGGAGGCCCUGGACGACGAGGCCCUGGAGCACCACCACGGCCACGGCCACCAGCACCACCGGCAGCGCAGAGCGCGGAGACUCGCUCUGCAGCACGGCACCUGGCUGCCCGACGCCCACGAUGACCCUGCCGUGCAGUACGACGUGCUGCUGGACGGCGGGGCGCCGCGACGCCUGCUGCUGUGGCCCAGCACGUCCUUCCUGGCGCCGGCGCUGCGCGUGGACCGCGGCGUGGACCGCGGCCGGUACAAGCGCUCGCUGCCCUGGACGCCGCCUUCGACGCGGUCCUCGAGGCGCCGACGCAGCGUCACCACCUGCCACUACCGCGGCGUGGUCCAGGGCGACCCGCGCUCCAGCGUCGCCGUCUCAGCCUGCGGACAGGGGCUGGUAGGGUUCGUGAAGACCACCGGGGCGGACUACUGGCUGGAGCCCCUCGGGCCCAAGGCGGCCAACUCCUCGGCGCACGUGGUGUUCCAGCGCCGCGGGGGCGGCGGGCGCGGCCAGGACGCCGACGACGCGCGGCCAGGGCCUCGAGGACCGCGUCGACGGGGACCUCGGAGGAAGCCGCGGUCCAUCAGCAACGAGAAGCACGUGGAGGUGACCCUGGUGGCCGACCAGUCCAUGACGGCCUUCCACCAGGACGGCGACAUCGAGACGUACCUGCUCACCAUCAUGAACAUGGUCUCGGCCAUGUACCACGACCCCACCAUCGGGAACCUCAUCAACGUGGCCGUGGUCCGGAUCAUCCUGAUGGACGAGUGGGUGGCGCAGGACGAGCAGGACACGUUCAACUCGUCGGUGAACGCGGACCGGACGCUGGGCUCCUUCUGCCGCUGGGCCGCGCAGGUCAACCCGGCCGACGAGGCGGACCCCCACCACCACGACGUCGCCGUGCUCAUCACAAGGGUUGACAUCUGCGCGCGGCGCGACACGCCCUGCAACACGCUGGGGGUGGCCCACGUCGGCGGCAUGUGCACGCCGGACAGGUCGUGCUCCGUGAACCAGGACAACGGCAUCGUGCUGGCGCACACCAUCGCCCACGAGAUGGGCCACAACUUCGGCAUGGCGCACGACACCGAGACGUCCGGCUGCCCCCGGAAGGUGGACAACGUGCUGCACGUCAUGACCCCCACCUUCGAGGCGGACAACCACCGCAUGGCGUGGAGCCCCUGCAGCCGGCGCAGCAUCACCGCCUUCCUCGACGUCGGCAAGGGGGCGUGCCUGGACGACGCGCCCACCCUGGGCGGCUUCCAGUACCCCGACAUGCCGGCCGGCUCCAUGUACGACGUGGAGCACCAGUGCCGCCUGCAGUUCGGCACCGAGGAGGCCGGCGUCUGCCCCGCCGACUCGGAGGAGGUGUGCACGCGUUUGUGGUGCGAGGUGGAGGGCCAGUGCACCACACUGCUGCAGCCGGCGGCGCCGGGGACGGCCUGCGGCAAACACAAAUGGUGCCAGGACCAGCAGUGCACCGAGAUGGCGGAGCUGGCCGAGCCCGUGCCGGGCGGCUGGUCGUCGUGGGGCGAGUGGGGGCCCUGCUCGCGGUCCUGCGGCGCCGGAGUCUCCAUCCUGGAGCGCCGCUGCGACCACCCCACCCCCCGCCACGGCGGCGCCUACUGCCUGGGCGAGCGGCGUCGGUACCGCGUCUGCAACACGCAGCCGUGCCCCGAGGACGCGCCCUCGUUCCGCGCGGUGCAGUGCGCCGCCUACAACAACCGCACCUACCACGGCCACUACGCCAACUACACGUGGCUGCCGUACUUCGACGCGGACGAGCCGUGCGAGCUGUACUGCUCCGACUCCGAGGACACCGUCAUCGUGCCGUGGGGCGGCGCCGUGGCGGACGGCACGCCCUGCAACGUGGGCCGCAGGGACAUGUGCAUCGGCCGGGUCUGCCGGAAAGUGGGCUGCGACUGGACGGUGGACUCGGACGCGGUGGAGGACCGGUGCGGCGUGUGCCGGGGGGACGGCAGCCAGUGCGACACGGUGUCCGGCACCUACAGCAGGCCCGACGGCUACGGCUACAUCGAGGCCUUCCAGGUGCCGCCCGGCGCGCGCAACGUGCUCAUCGCGGAGGUGUCCGCGUCCAGGAACUUCAUCGGCAUCGGCAGUACGUCCAAGCCCGCCUUCUACCUCAACGGCCGCAGGAAGAUCACCCUGCCGGGGGAGUACGACGUGGGCGGCACGGCGGCGCUGUACGAGCGCGUCGGCGACCUGGAGACCGUGCGGAUCCCCGGGCCCCUCCGCGACGGCAUCCUCAUCUACGUCAUCUUCCGCGGGCGCGCGCGCAACCCGGGCCUCAAGUACCAGUACACUGUGCGGCGGCCGGGCACCGUCCUGCCGUCGCUGUCGUGGCGCUGGGCGGACUGGUCGGCCUGUUCCGCCACGUGCGGGGGAGGCCGGCAGGAGCUGCGCGCCGUGUGCGCCGCCUCCAUGGGGGCCCUGGGCCCCGAGGGGGCCUUCAACGCGGUCGCCGACAGCGAGUGCGAGGAGAUGGUCGGACCCAGACCGCCGGACCAGAACAGGACGUGCGCCAGCCACGCCUGCCCGGCGACGUGGUGGACGGGCCCCUGGCAGGUGUGCACUGCGACGUGCGGCGACGCGGUGGGGCGACGCCGGUCGGUGCUCUGCGUCGUCCGCGGCCGCCAGGACAUGGCGCUGCCGGACGCGGAGUGCGACCCGGACACGCGGCCCGACGAGCAAGAGCGGUGUCGCGACGUGCCGCCCUGCCCGUCGCCCUCGCCGCCGACCGCCAACGACACCACAGCCGGGGACCUGUUCCCGGUGACGCUGUCCCGGCCGUCGGCGGCAGGCCACCAGGACGACGUCCUGGAGCUCGACGGCGGCCUCGACCUGGACCUGGACAACCUGGCGGACGACGAGCGCGAGUACCUGGUCAACUACACCACGUUCUUCCAGGGCCCGCUGCCCGCCCUGAGUCGCCGCGGCCUUGGGGGCGGCGGCCACCGUCAGUGA